AUGGCGGAGACCGACGCGCCACCGCCCGAAGCGUCGCCGCGCGCCGCAUGGACGGCCGACAGCGGCAAGCCCAAGCUCGACAGCGUCGAGGGCGCGCAGACGACGAUCGAAGUUUCAUUGAAGGGCGUCAAGAAGCCUCUGGGCAUCAUACCCAUUGGUGGAGAUGCGUCAUUAACACAUCUACGAGAAGCCAUCAAAGCCAAUAUCGAGCAGCAGUACUUACCACCUAGAUUUGCGUUCGUCGGCCAAGCCGGCCAGGUGCGGGGCACGCGGGAGCCCUACUUUCCCGUCGCGUCGUUCAACGGCAAGAUCCAGAUCAUGCCCAAGGCCGUCAGGCGUGUCCAGAAGAAAGAUGAGUCGUGGCUCGAUGAAACACUAAGUAAGUCGGUACUGAUGACCGACAGCCAGUACGGCGAGACGUUGGACUAUGGAUCCAUCCAACUAAAAUCGGCCUGGGACGACUUUCCGACGCGCAAGAAGUUGUACAAGCCCUCGCAGAAGAUCUACGGGAGACCGCCCACAAAAAGAAAAAAGAAAAAAUACGACCCCUUAACGCCAGAUCCCGCAACGAUACCGGACGAGUACAGGGUCCCGACUAAAGCCGAGAAGGAGAAGAUUUUGGCGAGCGUAGAUUGGGACGAACUGAUGGCGGAUUUCCUGAUUGAGUUAAAUAAAUACACGCAGCCCGCGGCGACGGUGCUCCAGAAAUAUGCGAGAAGGAUGUGCUCCGUGCAGAUCCGGAAUCGGAAGAUCCGAGAAGCUGAAGAGAGGAGGAUUCAGGAGGAAAAGGACCGGGAACGGCGCGCGAAGUUGGAACGCGUGCGACUGCAGAUCCAAGCGGAGGAGCGGUGGCGCCAGAAGGAGGCGGAAGAGGUUCCGAAGGGCGAUAUUAUUGUGCGAGCUGAUGGGAGAGUGUCGAUGGUCAAGAAGAUGCGCGCGGAGCACCAGGCGCGGCUCGAGGCCGACCGCAAAGCCGCGCAGGACGCCGCUGACGCUGCGCAGGACUGGUUGGAUAAAUUAGUGAUGAGUGACAUCACGUCCUUCAUGGGUCGGGACGAGGCCUUAGCUAAAAGGGCGAAAGCGAAAAAAGCCGCCGCCGAGCUCCGAAUCAAACAAAGGGAGCGGAAGCGCGACCGGGCGCGGGCCGAGCGGGCCGUCGCGGACGCCGUCGCGAGGCUGACAAAGAUCUGGCUGGUCGAGUUCUACCACCAAGAAGAACUGAGGAUCGAUCGCGAGAAGGCGGAAGCGGCCAUUCAAGCUGUUAAAGAUUAUGAAGCUAGAUUGCUGAGGGAGGACAAGGAGAUGGCCGAGCAGGCCAUACGGUUGGCCAAGGCCGAGGAGGAGAAGCGCGAGGUCGCCAAGCAGCUGGCUAUCGAGGCCGAGGCCGAGAAGGUAAGGUUAGCAGAACAAGCUAAGAUAGACGAGGCGGCAGCCAAGGAGAAGAUGCUCAAGGAGAAGGAGGCCAAGAGACUAGCUGCGGAACAACGUGCGAAGGAGGAGGCGGAACGCUUGGCGGCCGAGGAAGCUGCUAAACCUCCACCGCCUGCGAGAGAAUAUCCCAUCGAGAAGGAAGGCGAGCUUUCAGGAAGAGUAUGUACCAUCAAGUGCACUCAUUCACCUGAAGCUAUCACGUGUGACGUCACGCCUUCGGACACCGGCAAAGCGUCCCAGCUCGUACUGAAGCAAGAGGAUCUGGACUGGGAGAACAAAGCGUUAGUAGGUAAGGACUGGAGCGAACAUGCCUAUGACGUCGGCGAGGCUAUCGUCGAGUCUCUCGCGUUACAAGGCAAGGGUAGGUUCACGAAGCUCAAGUGCCAGCUGGUGAAAGUUGUGCACGUCAAGCGGGAAUUUGCGCCGGACCCGGCCGAGGAGGAGGCGAAGCGCCUACGAGAGGAGCUCGCGGCCGACAAGGCGCGCCGGGCCAAGGAGAAGGUUGACGCUACUGAGGCGCUCGCUGCGGCUUUAGAAGGCGACUCUCUGGAAGUGUUGGAGGCGGCUCUGGAACGCGCGGCGAAGGCGGGCGUCGACGACUUGGCAGCCGCCGAGGCGAAGCGCGACGCGUUAGCCGAGGCGGCCGAGGCUUUGAGACUGGAGCAGGAGGCCGCGGCCGAGGCCGAACGGUUAAGAUUAGCGGCGCUCUUCCCGCCGCCGGCGGCCGCGCCGGCGCCGGCGCCGGCGGCGAGCGAGGCGCCGGCCGUCUCUCCGGGAUCGCCCGCGGCGUCGCCAAUUAAGGAGGCGCCGGCCGCGGCGCCCCCGACGUUCGACGACGCCGCGGCGGCGCCGGCGACCGCGCCCGCCGCCGAAGACGCGGGGACCGCCCUGGCCGAGCCCGCGGCGCCGCCGGCGAGCGACGAGGCCGCCGCGGCGCCGCCCGCGAGCGACUACAAGUUGCCCCACGAACGGGCGGAGAUAGCGGCGGCCGCGGAAGAGGCCGCCGCGGCGCCGGCCGCGGCCGAGGAGGCCGCUGCGGCGCCACCGGCGGAGCCAGCGGCAGAGCCUGCUGCCGCAGAGCCCACGGCCGAGCCCGCGGCCGAGCCCGCGGCCGAGCCUACCGCAGAGCCCGCGGCCGAGCCGACCGCCGAGCCCGCGGCCGAGCCGGCCGCCGAGCCCGCGGCCGAGCCGGCCGCCGAGCCCACGGCCGAGCCCGCGGCCGAGCCCGCAGCGGAGCCUACGGCCGAGCCGGCGGCCGAGCCGGCGGCCGAGCCUACGGCCGAGCCGGCCGCAGAGCCCGCGGCCGAGCCCGCGGCCGAGCCCGCGGCCGAGCCGGCGGCCGAGCCCGCGGCCGAGCCGGCGGCCGAGCCGGCGGCCGAGCCGGCGGCCGAGCCUACGGCCGAGCCGGCCGCAGAGCCCGCGGCCGAGCCCGCGGCCGAGCCCGCGGCCGAGCCGGCGGCCGAGCCCGCGGCCGAGCCGGCGGCCGAGCCCGCGGCCGAGCCGGCGGCCGAGCCCGCGGCCGAGCCGGCGGCCGAGCCUACGGCCGAGCCGGCCGCAGAGCCCGCGACCGAGCCUGCGUCCGAGCCGGCCGCAGAGCCCGCGGCCGAGCCCGCGGCCGAGCCCACCGCCGAGCCCGCGGCCGAGCCAACUGCGGAACCCACUGCGGAGCCCGCGGCCGAGCCCGCGGCCAAGCCCGCGACCGAGCCGACCGCAGAGCCCGCGGCCGAGCCGACCGCGGAAGCUACGCCUGCGGCCGAGGAGGCCGCCGCGGCGCCGCCAGCGGAAGCAGCCGAGCCUACUCCCGAGGAUGCAGCCGCGGCGGCGGCGGAGCCAGCGGCAGAGCCUGCUGCGGAAGCUGCGCCUGCCGCGGAAGAAGCCGCCGCGGCGCCGCCUGCGACCGAAGAAGCCGCCGCGGCGCCGCCGGCGGAGCAAGCUGCGGAGCCUGGGCCGGAAGCCGCGGCCGACGCCGGGACCGCCCUGGCCGAGCCAGCGGCGCCGCCGGCCGGCGAGGAGCCGGGCGCUCCGGCGGCGGAGCCCCCCGCGCCCGCCGCCGACGGCGAGCCCGCGGCCGCGGAUGCGGAAAAACCCGCAGAGCCCCCGGCUGCCGCGGAGGAGGCCGCGCCCGCGCCGGCAGCGGAGCCACCGGCACCAGCCGCUGUCGAACCGCCGGCCCCUGCCGCGGACGCAGCGGAGCCGCCCGCGGCCGCCGCCGAACCGCCGGCGCCGGUCGCGGACGAGGCCGCGCCUGCGCCGGCGGCGGAGCCCGCCGUCGCGACGGAACCCCCAGCGCCCGCAGCGGAGGCAGCUGAGCCGCCCGCCCCCGCGGCUGCCGCGGAACCGCCGGCGCCGGCGGCAGACGCCGAGCCCGCACCAGAGGCCGCGCCUGCGCCAGCUGCAGAAGUAGCCGCGCCUACGCCGGCCACAGAGCCACCGGCGCCCGCAGCUGAUGCAGCAGAGCCGCCGGCGCCUGCCGCGGAGGAGACCGCGCCGGCACCAGCAGCAGAGCCACCAGCGCCGGCGGCAGCUGCUGAACCGCCUGCGCCCGCAGCAGAGGAGGCCGCGCCCGCGCCGGCAGCGGAACCGCCGGCACCAUCAGCCGACGCCGAGCCGCCGGCGCCCGCAGCAGAGGAGGCCGCGCCCGCGCCAGCGACAGAAGCAGCGGAGCCACCGGCGCCUGCCGUCGCCGCGGAGCCGCCCGCGCCCGCCGCGGAAGAGGCGGCGCCCGCACCGGCGGCCGAGCAGCCCGCAGCCGAGGAGCCACCCGCGCCGGCGCCGGCGGCGGAUGCCGAGGAGGCCGCGCCGGCGCCCGCGGCAGACGCGGCCGAGCCGCCGGCCCCGGCAGCCGAUGCGGAACCGCCGGCGCCAGCAGCUGCUGCGGAGCCACCGGCGCCAGCGGCAGACGCCGAGUCGCCUGCGCCUGCCGCUGACGCGCCUGCAGCGGAGGAGGCCGCGCCGGCGCCAGCCGCCGAGCCCACGGCAGAGGAGGCGGCGCCCGCGCCAGCAGCCGAGCCGCCCGCGGACGAGGCGGCGCCUGCGCCAGCCGAGCCGCCUGCAGAGGAGGCCGCGCCGGCGCCAGCAGCCGAGCCGACCGACGAGGCGGCACCGGCGCCAGCAGCCGAGCCGACCGACGAGGCGGCACCGGCACCUGCAGCCGAGCCGACCGACGAGGCCGCGCCGGCGCCAGCCGCUGAGCCCACCGCAGAGGAGGCGGCGCCGGCGCCAGCAGCCGAGCCGACGGCAGAGGAGGCCGCGCCCGCGCCUGCAGCCGAGCCGCCCGCUGACGAGGCGGCGCCUGCGCCAGCCGAGCCGCCCGCAGAGGAGGCGGCGCCGGCGCCAGCAGCCGAGCCGACCGACGAGGCCGCGCCGGCGCCGGCAGCUGAGCCGACCGACGAGGCCGCGCCGGCGCCAGCCGCUGAGCCUGCCGCGGAGGAGGCCGCGCCCGCGCCUGCAGCCGAGCCGCCCGCUGACGAGGCGGCGCCUGCGCCAGCCGAGCCGCCCGCAGAGGAGGCGGCGCCGGCGCCAGCAGCAGAGCCUGCCGCGGACGAGGCGGCGCCCGCGCCUGCAGCCGAGCCGCCCGCUGACGAGGCCGCGCCGGCGCCGGCAGCCGAGCCGCCUGCGGAGGACGCCGUGGCGCCAGCAGCGGAGCCCACCGCGGAGGAGGCUGCGCCCGCGCCGGCAGUCGAGCCGACCGACGAGGCCGCGCCGGCGCCAGCAGCGGAACCGACCGCCGAUGCAGAAACGACCACGCCCGCGCCCGCCGCGGAAGACGCCGCGCCGGCUCCGGCGGCCGAGGCCACUGCCGUGGACCCACCGGCGGCCGCCGCGGAGCCGCUUGCGCCUGAAACAGACGCUCAAGCCCCGGCCCCCGCGGCGGAGGCCGUGGACGCGGCCGCGCCUACGGCCGAGGCGGCGCCCGCCGCAGAAGAGGCCGAGCAACCCGCAGCCGCCGCGGAGCCGCCGGUGCCGGCAAUAGACGCACAAGCCCCAGCGCCCUCAGCAGAGGCGGAUACGCCCUCGCCUACGUCCGUGGCGGCACCGACGGUCCCGGCCGCCGAAGAGGCGGAGCUGGCGCCGGCGGCCGAGACAGCCGACGCCGCGCCGCCGACGCCGGCACCAGACACUCAAGCCCCAGCCCCGGCGGCAGAAGCGGACGCAGCCGAGACCGCCGGUGACGAGCAACCCACAGCCGCAACGCCGCCGGCACCAGCCGCCGAGGAGACCGCGGAACCUACGGCCGAGCCUGCCGCGGAGCCUACGGCCGAGCCCACUGCGGAGCCCACUGCGGACGAGGGCGCGCCGGCGCCAGCCGCUGAGCCCACCGCGGAGGAGGCCGCGCCCGCGCCAGCAGCAGAGCCGACCGCGGACGAGGCGGCGCCGGCGCCCGCAUCUGAGCCGCCGGCGCCCGCAGCCGAUGCAGCGGAGCCUACGGCCGAACCUACGGCGGAGCCGACCGCGGAGCCCACUGCGGAGCCGACGGUGGAACCGACGGCGGAGCCCACAACCGAGCCCACGGCCGAGCCGACGGCCGAGCCCACUGCAGAGCCCACAACCGAGCCCGUGGCCGAGCCGACGACCGCGGAGGAACCGGACGUCCUCGCCGCCGGCGAAACAACCGUCGAAGCCGACAUGGCCGAGGACGGCGGGACGGCGCUCGGCGACGCGCUGCCUUCACCAAACGACGACGACCGCGCGGCCACGAAGCUGCAAGCUAGAGUAAGGGGCCGCAAUGCGCGAACGACAAAGCGCGUCGCCAUCGCGGGCGAGCCCGCGCGCGGGCGACGCGUGCGGACGCUGGGCAAGCGCUUCGACGAGAAAUUACUGCUCUGCGCUGUGGUAGCAAGAGCGGACGGGUCCGUCGAUGUCGAGGCGACGUCCUUGGGGUCCGCGCGCAAAUCAAUAGCGACGGUGCGCUCCGAGGACAUCGCCGAACUGGCGAUGCAGGGCGCCGACGAAGACCUGUCACAUGAAGAUGCUGAUAUGCUAUCAAAACGCGUCUGCGAGCUCGUGGACCCCGCGACGUUCAGCCCGGCGCCGGCGCCGAAACGAUUAGAGAGACGGCCGACGCCCGCGCCCCGUUCCUUCGCCUACGGCGAGGACGCCGACCUCGGAAUCUAUGAGGACGACGGGGCGUCGCCACCGCCGCCUUUCACGCCCUCGGAUCAAUUCCUCGAGAGCGGCAUGCCGUUCAGUCCCGAAGAGCUCGAGGAGCUCCGAGCGCUAUUACGUAGCGGAGCUGGCAGAUUAGGAUCGGCCCUAGAGCCGUUAUCACCAAGAUCUCAAGCCGAGGCGGAACAACUGGAACUGAUCCUCGAGAAGUGUAGUAUAAGGCAGCCGCGGUUGUGUGCGGAACGACUGGUGCGGGAGGACCUCGGAUGGGAGUUUCUGGUGCAGGUCGUCGCGUCGGAGCAAGAACCGACCGUGUUCCAAUUACUCGAAGGUUUAGUACCUCGAGGCGCCGCCGCGAAAAUACACGCGGCGGCCAUCGAGGAGUUGGAGUUCGAGCGCUCUUUAGCAGCUCAAGGCCACCACGUCGAAGCUCGUAGACAAAGUAGGGCCGCCAUGGAGGCCUGGGAGGAGACGCAGCGGUUCCACGAAGAGGAGCCGGAGCGACCACCUUCCCGCACUUCGGUACGGUUCGCGACCGGUGACGAGCCCGUGUUUCCCGACGGUAGAGAAGUAGAUAGGGAUGAAGAUGAGAUCAAGCAAGAUGUUGAUCAACAAAGAGAGACGCGAAGUAGAGAAGGGCCUCGCGCGAGGUUCGCGGACCCCACGCCCGUCAAAGGACAACCUAUGUCGUCGCACUAUGUGGAUGAGGAGGAGACGUCUGAUGAAGAAUCGAUAAAUGACGUCGACGCGUGCGCUACGACCCUACAAGCUCGGUACCGGGGCCACGCCGAACGGUCGCAGCGUCUCACGGAGCAGAAGAUGGCCACGACACUCCAAGCGGCCGAGCGCGGUCGACAAGGUAGGAUCAUGGUCGGCAAGUCGGCCCGGAAAAGACGUGAACGUCCUUCCCUGGAGAUCGAACAGCCAUCGGUGCAGAGUGAGACCGACGACGAGGCCGUCUUCGACGUCGUCGAGCGACGCGUCGAUGCGCUGUUCGAGGAGUCGCUGCCGGCGCCGGACGUGCCCGCAACUCCACCUCGGUCGCCUCUACGCGAAAAGGCCGCAGCUCUCUCGCCGGAGAUCGAGAAGGUCGUCGUUGAGGCGGAGGCCAUGGAGCGCGAGGCUCAAGUGAAAGAGGAGCUCGCGGAGAAGCUCAAGUUGGAAGUGGAAGAAUUAGCUACUCGUGCAAAGGAGGCCGAGGAGAAGCGGGCGUUGUCCUCAGCGCGGCGCCACCAAGCCGAGGCCGAGCUCGAGAAGUUGAAACCUGAGACCGAGGAGCUCGAGCGGCAGCUCGCGGCGCGGCGGGAACGGCGGCGGAGUUUGCAGGCGGCGUCGCCGCCGACGUCGCCCUCGUAG